AUGUCAACAAACCAGACAAUGGUGACUGAGUUCCUCCUGCUGGGCCUCUCUGAAACCUGGGAAGUCCAAAUCUUCUUAUUUGUUUUAUUCCUUCUCCUCUACAUGGCUACAUUAUUCACCAACAUCCUCAUCCUCUCAGCAAUUUUCAAGGAUCACCACCUUUCAGACUCACCCAUGUUCUUUCUUCUGGGUAACCUGGCUUUCCUGGACCUUUGCAUGUCUUCCUUUUCCACCCCAAAUCUCUUUGAUUUUCUUUCCGAAUACCAUGCCAUUUCCUUCCAUGGCUGCAUGGCACAAAUCUUCUUUCUCCAUCUCUUUGCAGGCAGUGAGAUGCUCCUGCUGAUAGCCAUGGCCUAUGACCGGUAUGUGGCCAUCGCCCAUCCUCUCCGUUAUACCUCACUUAUGAGCCGGUGGCAUUGCAUGGGGCUUGUGCUAGCCUCCUGGGCUGGUGGGCUCCUACAUGCCACUGUGCAAUUGGGUUUUAUCAUUAAUGCACCUUUCUGUGGGCCUAAUCAGGUGGACAGUUUCUUCUGUGACCUCCCCUUGAUCAUCACGUUGGCCUGCACUGACACCUACCCCCUGGAAGUCAUGAUGAUCACCAACAGUGGCAUUAUGUCACUGGUGACUUUUGUUGGCUUACUUCUCUCCUACGGAUUCAUUCUCUACACAAUCCGCUCUCGGGGGGCAUCUGAAAGGAGCACCAAGGCUGCUUCCACAUGUACCUCUCAUCUCAUUGUGGUCACCAUGUACUUUGGGCCCAUUAUGUUUAUUUACCUGCGUCCGUAUGCCCGGUUCAUGAUUGAUAAAGUGCUCUCUGUCUUCUACAUGUCUGUCACCCCCUUGCUGAACCCAACUAUCUAUGCUUUGAAGAACAAGGAGAUGAAGGCUGCCCUUGGAAAUCUGUUGGCAAGGCUUUCUGGGCAGGUUUCCACUCAUUGA